AUGAAGGCUUUUCUCCGAUAUUACCUUCUGCUGUGCCUUGCUGCCAUCUCAAUGGUAACCACGGCACAGCGGACUGCCACAUCAGAUCUCCCCAAGUGUGCUCUUCUCUGUCUCGGGAGCGCAUUCGAGACCAACACUUGCUCUCCCUUUGACCAGAAAUGCAUUUGCACAAACAAGGGUUUCCAGCAAAACGUAACUCUGUGCGUAAGCACGACCUGCACCGUUCCUGAGGCUCUGGUUACACGAAACAUCAGCCUUACCAACUGCGGGGCUCCAGUACGCAAUCGCGGCGACAAAUAUGUCGUCUUGUCAAACACGAUGCUUUGUAUAGCGUCCGCCUUCGUUAUCAUGCGAUUCGCCUUCAAGGUCACCAUGUCGAGACUGGAUAUUGGCUGGGACGACUGGUGCGUCCUUGCGACGCUGAUAGCCGCCCUACCCAGCGCCUUCAUCACGGUAUAUGGCACUGUCAAGAACGGACUUGGUCAGGAUCUCUGGACCUUGACUCCCACGCAAAUCACAAACAUGCUGCGGUACUUUUAUAUCAUGGCAUGGCUAUACUUCACCCAGCUCACGCUACUGAAGCUCACUCUGUUGUUCUUCUACAUCCGCGUGUUUCCAAGCAAAGAUGUCCAGCGCCUGCUAUGGGGCACAGUUAUUUUCGUCGUACUCUGGGGCGUCGCUUUCAUCAUUGUAGCGAUCUUCCAAUGCCAACCCAUCUACUACUUCUGGACGAAAUGGGACGGCAUGCACCAUGGUAAAUGCCUCAAGAUCAACGCAAUUACCGCAUCAAACGCCGCCAUCUCGAUUGCCUUGGACUUCUGGAUCCUAGGCGUACCUCUCUGGCAGCUUUGGGGCCUGAAGCUGCAUUGGAAGAAGAAGGUUGGUGUGGCACUAAUGUUUUGCGUUGGCACCUUCGUUACAGUCGUUAGCAUUCUGCGCCUGCAGGCCUUGGUGCACUUCGCCGCGUCAUCAAACGUUAGCUGGGAGUUCUACGACGUCUCAGUGUGGAGCACGGUUGAGAUAUGCGUGGGAAUCAUGUGCGCAUGCCUUCCGACACUUCGCCUCCUCCUAGUCAAACUCUUCCCGAUCCUCGGUGGCUCCUCGGCACGCAGCCGUCAAUACUAUAACUACGGGAGCGGCAAUGAGCUGCGGAGCGUCGGUCAACAGAAAAGCAAAUCAUACAACGUCAACACUGCUGUAUCAAGCCCACGGACUGCAUCCUUUGAUGACAAAGUUGAGGAAGGCAUCAGGGUCCAGACGUCGUAUAAUGUCAAGCAUAGCAGUAGCCGAGACGAUACAGACGAAGCGAGCCUGGUAAGCCACGAAGCGCCACAGAGGCUGUAA